UGGCCACCCACCUCAAACGACGAUCAGAACUGGACUCGUCAUUCGCGACGCUACAACCAUCGGAUCUUGAUCGUGAUCUCGAAGAGCUUUUGAAAAGAGCCACCGGAUCAGAUGGUGAAUACGGUGCUAUAGAGUGGGCCGAGUAUUGGGAUUCGAAGUCUGCCCAAAAGUCUUUUGAGGACCCUUGUCACCUCGUCCAUUGGCAGAUACAUCUAUACUGCAGAGGACCGAUCGUAGGGUCAAUUGCCAGGGCUUCUGGAGUUGUCCUUACUCCGAACACUCUCUCAUUCUGUUCCGCAUCUCAUCAUGGACACUGACGAUCCUCCGCCAUCGCCAUACGGUUUCAAAUCUCAUAUUCCAACGAGAUUAUCAACGCCAGAAAUGGCCGAGUGGAAAUACGAGAUGCGUCGAGAAGCUCAAGAAGUCAUUCCUGGUCUAUUCCUCGGCCCAUUUCAAGCUUCUGUCAAUAUUCAUCGGAUGAAUGCCCUCGGUAUCACCCAUGUGCUCUGUAUACGAGACCGCAGAGAAGCAUCCAUGAUCUUCCCCCGAUUCCCAACGGAAUUCAAAUACCUCACCUUGGACAUAAGCGAUACCACCGACCAAAACAUCAUAUCCAUCUUCCCACAGUGUAAAGCAUUCAUUGAAGAAGGCUUGAACCAAGGAGGCCGCGUAUUGGCCCAUUGUAAUGGAGGCAUAGCCACGGCUCCAGCUAUUGUCAUUGGAUAUCUCAUGUGGAAGUAUAAUUGGAAGUUCGAGUACACUCUAGCAUAUGUUCAGAGCAAGCGUUAUUGCGUCAGCCCAAUGAGCUUUCAGACCCAACUGAAAGAGUACGAGCCGAUAUAUCUCGCUCAAAAGAUGUUGGAAGCGGAACGAGGCUCUAACGCUUCGUCUUUUCAAUCACCACUUAAAAGGAGUCACCUGGAUGACGAGGAAGACGACUAUCAGAGACGGAGACCGGCACCGAGCACAAGUAGCAUGAUGAGUAUAUAAUCUUUUCAAGGCCGGUAGAUCAAGAGCAACUCGCAAUCGCGCAGUCACACAUGUUGUAUCAGUAAGGCGUCAUCGUCGAACCUUGUAUUCACUUCAAGCAUGAGCAA